AAUACUUGAUGAGUUUGGAUGGUGACAGUGUAUUGACGAACAUGACAGCUUCGGAGCUAACUGAUGGUACAAACAAUGGACGUCGACGACAAAGUGCGGACACCGAUCGAAUAGUUUCGUCGACACCAUAUUGGAAUAAUCCGCGGCAAAGCACAGAAGAUUCAACACCAUACUUCACUGAUGCACGGUCAAACGCACAAAAGGGUCAUGGUUUGGCUCAAUCUUUGGUUAAUGGUAGCUCAGGCAGUGGAAACAGUCAUCACUCGCGAGGAGAAACAUCGCGUCGAUGUGACCUUUAUCGCCGCACUUCGAAUGAACGACGUUUAUCCGGUGGAAAUGUUCUUGAAGAGCCUAGACAUCGCCGACACUCCCGCGAAAAUCGCAAUUCACGUGAGCGACGUCCAUCCGAUGGAUACAACAAUUCCGGUUAUCAUCGCACGCCACGCGAAUGAAACAAUGAAGCAAAUCAACCCAAAAUGAUGGCUUGUAGCCAUUGUAAUACAUCCUUUGUUGGUCGAUUUCGAUUCUUCAUUUCAUAAGAGAUAAAACGAAAUUGUUACGGCUGAAAAAAGACAUUGUUAGAUUUUAAGAAGGAACAAAACUACGUUUUGUGGUAAAAAAGAUACCCUUUCAUGUGUUAUUCAAAAUGUUAGUCAAUAUUUUAAGCAAUGAGAUACACGAAAAUGAGUCGAAAACAAACAAAUCUAUCGCCUGGCGUGGUUAAGAUUUAAAAAUGUCCAACUCAUAUAGAUGAAAGUCAAGUGAUUACCGAAAAAAAUGUCCCAAGUUCAACAACAACAACAACCAAAAUUCAAUUUUCACAUAAUAACGGUUCCGAAUUAAAGAAAAAAAUAUCUGCAGUUCCAAUACACUACUAUUGAUUAGAUUUAUAUAUUUACAUAAAUGCAGUUUCUGUCUCGUUCCUAAGUCGAAUGUA